AUGAAAAUAUGUUCUAUUUUCAGAUCUGGGCAUUUUUUAUUUCUGCUUUGUCUUUUCACUGUGGAAGGCAAAAAGUCACCUACAGGAAAGCAUACCUGCCGAAAAGAACUCCUCUCCCAGGUGACAGAGAACCUGUAUAUCAAGGCAACUAGUUUAAAAUCAUCUGUUCCUAAGGAUCUCAUCAAGACCACAAGACUGCUUAAAAAGUCUACGAAAAUGCUGUUUAUGACAAACUGCAGUGUUCGAGAUCAGCUCCUCUCCUUCUAUGUGAAAAACGUUUUCAGUCGUCUUGAGGUAGGAAGAGACAAGUUGAACAUUAUUAGUGCCUUCCAGGUCCUGCAAGUGAACAUGGAUGCCUGUCUUCCAUGUGCUCCAUCCACAAGGUUAACUUCUGCAGUCAAAAAAUUAAGGAGAAUGUUUUUUAAGCUCGGAGAUAAGGGAAUCUACAAGGCCAUACAUGAGCUGGACAUUCUCCUUCCCUGGAUUCAGGCCUACAUACAAACCAUCGUAUGAAGAAUGAGGAGGUGACAGACAACAUGCUGCUGCUGUGCUAAAAACAGAUCCUUACCCAAAAGGCCUGAAAAUGAAUCAAGAGUCAGAUGUGUAAUGUAUCUGUCAGUAACUGCGUCCCAUGGAAGGAGAUUCUCUGUAACACAGCAGCAUAAAGAGGGAUUUUCAUGGAUUUUCACAGUUAGCCUGGCAUAGCAGCUAUGCCUGCUCUGCCUCUGGAGCAGCUACAGCAUGCUGCUGUCCUUCUCAUCCUGCCUGCCUGCCUACCAGCUGCCACACAGGCAGCGCCCGAACACAUCACGCCAGCUUAAGUUAGAACCUGCUACCCUAAGGAUCAGGCACA